AUGGAAUCUGUAGCAGUCAGCUCGCUCCGCCGACAAGCAUCGACCUACAGCCAAGCGCAGGCGCCCUCCCGCUGCUCGAGCCCGCGCCCGUCUUCCUUCCGCCGUGUUUCAACGCGCAACACCUCUACAAACCUCCUCACUUCCUUCCUAUCCACCGUCCGCGCCUGUCUAUCCCUCUCCGCCUCCGCGCGCGCCCGACGCGCCGAAUUCGACCGCCUGCUCUCCUACAGCGCCGAACAGACCGCCGAGGGGUGGUUCGUCGAAGCUAAAGAGGCUCAGCAGGCCGCGAUACGGCUGUACGAUGAGCUGCGCGACGAAGAGCGGGAGUGGUUGGCGGAGAAGGGUAUCCUCAGCUUCGAGUGGAUCGUCGUUAGGCAGAGCGCUGGGACGGAGAACAUGCUUGCGAGGUGGCAAGUUCUGAGCGACGCGUUGAAGGAGAUCAUGCAGGAGUAG